AUGGCUGGCAAGGCGGCGUUUCAAGUCAUUGUCCUGGGUCCCACCGGAGGCCCCCGUGAAGACAGCGUAACGGGCCUGCUGGUCCGAUCGACAUCCAAACAGUGGACGAGCAACUCGGUGAUCGCGGUAGAUGCAGGCACCCUGCUGGCAGGCAUCAUCCGGACCCUCGAGCGGUCGAUGGCCGCGACAGCAACCCCGAUAGCAACAGGGGCCACCAUGACGCAAGGCCCGUUUACCGGGCUGACGCUGCCGUGCCGGACGGGGCAGGCCAACGCGGCGCACAUCUUCCGCGAGAUCAUCGGCGCCGUCUUCAUCACACACCCACACCUGGACCACCUGUCUGGCCUUGCGAUCAACACGCCCAUCCUCGAGGCCGGCGCCGGGCCCAAGACCGUCGCCGCCCUGCCCUCGACCAUCUCCGCGAUCAAGAACCACCUCUUCAACGACGUCAUCUGGCCCAAUCUCUCCGACGAAGACGGCGGCGCCGGUCUGCUCACCUAUCACCGUCUCGUCGAGGGGGGUAACCCGCGCUUCGGACGCGGCGAGACAAAGGGCUACGUCCGCGCCUGCGAUGGUCUCCUCGCCAAAUGUCUCAGCGUUAGCCACGGCCGCUGUCGGCAGCGCUACCAUCCCGAGACCAGCAGGCAUCACCGCGUGGGGAGCUCUGUCUUCACUGCCGAUCCGUUGAUGUUGCCUUCGCGGGCCAUCUCGGUAGACCUCACAGAUGGGAUAUAUUCACCCGCCCGCUCUCCGCGAUUAGUCGCCUCCACCCCCAAAGACGCAUGGGCCACAGUCGAGAGCUCCGCGUUCUUCAUCCACGACCACGCAACAGGAAGCGAGAUCAUCGUCUUUGGCGACGUCGAGCCGGACUCGACCUCGCUGGACCCGCGUAAUAGACGUGUAUGGGAAGUCGCCGCGCCGAAAGUCGCCGCGGGCGCCCUGCGCGCCAUCUUCAUCGAAUGCUCCUACAACGACGCCACGGACGACGCCUCGCUGUACGGCCAUCUCUGUCCGCGACAUCUGAUUGCCGAAUUGUCGGUCUUGGCGGGGCUGCCCGGGAAACGGAAGCGCGACCUCAGUCCUACAGACGGGGGGGAGCAAGUGAGUCCCAAGUCGAAAAGGGCAACUACUACCACUACAGACGAUGGAGGGUCCAUUUCUAGAACAGAGAGGAAUACAAAUUCUCAUGACACCAGCCAAGAUGAACCCCCCGACCUGGUUCAUGACGAACAAACCCCUUCCCUCGCCGAGGUUGUCGACGGUGACUCAGAAGAAGAAGAAGAAGAAGAAGAAGGAAAAGAAGGAAAAGAAGGUCUCAGGCACACGCGCUGGGCUGAUCUACGCCGUCUUCCGCUCACAGGGUUAUCCGUGUACAUCAUCCAUAUCAAGGACGGGUUGACGGAUGGACCACCGCCUGGAGAUCGGAUCCUACAGGAACUCAGGGAACAGGGGGAGGCGGCAGGGCUGGGUUGUGAGUUUUUCGUGCCAAAGGGGGGGGAGGGGAUAUGGAUUUAG